AUGAGUCGUAGACGAGCUCAUGAAGAAGAAGAUGGAUAUGAGCGCCUUCACAGAAAAAGACGUCGUGUAUCGGAAAAUCAAGAAAUUGAGGAUAGACUAGAAUCACUUAUUUUAAGAGUUGGAGAGAAAAGUACCUCAAGCUUGGAGAGUAAUUUAGAGGGCUUAGCAAGUGUACUGGAAGCAGAUUUGAGUACAUUUCGAGUUAAAAUUUUACGUAUUCUUACAGACUGCGCUAUACGCAUGCCAGAGAAAUGUACAAUAUAUGCUACACUAGUUGGAUUGUUAAACGCUAAAAAUUACAAUUUUGGUGGAGAAUUUGUUGAUUACAUUGUUAAAACAUUUAAGGAAAAUUUAAAAACUGGAAAAUGGAAUGCUGCUCGUUAUUGUUUGAGAUUUAUAUCUGAUUUAGUGAAUUGCCAUGUUCUAGCAGCAUCAUCUUUACUAACCUUAUUAGAAACAUUAGUAGAUUGUGCUAAUGAGGAUGCUGUUCCUCAGGUAAGAAGGGAUUGGUUUGUAUUUGCUGUUUUAUCAACUUUGCCAUGGGUGGGAAGAGAACUGUAUGAAAAGAAAGAAUCACAAUUAGAUCACUUACUUGUAACAAUUGAAGUAUUUUUGAACAAGCGCAGUAAGAAGCAUUGGCCAGCAUUGAAAGUAUGGUCAGCAGACUCCCCACAUUUACAAGAGGAAUAUCUUGAUUGUCUUUGGGCACAGAUUAAAAAACUAAGGCAAGACAAUUGGUCAGAAAAACAUAUACCAAGGCCUUACCUUGCUUUUGACUCUAUAUUGUGUGAAGCUUUACAACAUACAUUGCCAGCUAUACAGCCUCCACCUCACAAUGAUGGUGAUACCUAUCCAAUGCCAAGAGUUAUAUUCCGAAUGUUUGAUUACACUGACUGCCCUGAUGGCCCUGUUUUACCUGGAGCCCACUCUAUAGAAAGAUUCCUCAUUGAAGAACAUCUACAUACCAUAAUAGAAGCUUAUCACUUGGAAAGAAAGGAAUGUGCUGCCCAGUUGUUAAGCUUUCCAUAUAAAGGAAAAAUUCCAUUAGAGUAUUGUGUUGUAGAAGUUAUUUUUGCUGAGUUAUUCAAUUUACCAACUCCAAGGUAUCUAGAAAUAUGCUAUGGAUCUAUUCUUAUUGAACUGUGUAAGCUCAAUCCAUCAACUAUGCCUCAAGUAUUGGCUCAAGCAACUGAGAUUCUGUUUAUGAGAAUUGAUACUAUGAAUAUUGCUUGUUUUGACAGAUUGGUGAACUGGUUCUCAUAUCAUUUAAGUAAUUUCCAGUACAGAUGGUCUUGGGAGGAUUGGGAAGCAUGUGCCCAGUUAGAUGUAGAACAUCCUAAGCCUAGGUUUAUAAGAGAAGUGCUUGGGAAGUGUUUGAGGUUAUCAUAUCAUCAAAGGAUUAAGGAUAUGACACCAGAAUCAUUAUCUGCAUUUGUGCCUCUGAAGCCCGAGCCUAUUUACAAAUACUCUAUGGAAGGUGCAGCAAGAGCAGCUGCUAUUGUGGCAAGACAGAGUAGAAAUUCU